AUGAGGUUUAUCGGAGAUUGGAAGAUCGCUUUCGCUACCUGCUUCUUUAUCGCUCUCAGCAUCUACGUCGCGCGCCUCGAAUUUGACAACGUCGUUCUCCAUUUUCUCCGUUUGGCUAAAGAUUUCCCGGAGAAUCAUACCGGCGGUAAGGUUUCUGAGAAAUCUCCCUACGAGGAGGAUUUCAUGACCAUGUUCAUGUCUACCGCCGAAGAUAUCGAUCGAUCUUACUCCCUCCACUACGAUUUCUACCAAGAAUCUUGCCCUUCCGCCGAGAGAAUCAUCGCUAAAGCUAUCACAGAAACCUACAACGCCAGACCUAGCAUAGCUCCGUCUCUCAUCCGCCUCCUAUUUCACGAUUGCUUUAUCGAGGGAUGUGAUGCAUCAGUCCUUCUAGACGCAGAUGAAUCUCUAACUUCUGAGAAAGAAGCAUCUCCGAACCAGUCUUUGAAAGGGCUUGAUGUGAUUGACGCAAUUAAGUCUGAGCUAGAGAACGUCUGUCCUGGAGUUGUUUCCUGCGCCGACAUUAUUGUCUUGGCUGCUAGAGAAGCCGUCCUUUUGGCUGGUGGUCCAUUUUAUCCACUGGAGACUGGAAGGAAAGAUAGUGUAGCGGCCUUCAAGGAAAUUGCAGAACGAGAGCUUCCAACACCACAAGCUAAUCUCUCGGUAAUUCUUGCAAGGUUUGCUUCCAGAGGAUUCAACGAGAGAGAAACCGUCAGUUUAUUCGGAGCACACAGCAUAGGCACUACGCACUGCACAUUCUUUGAGGACCGGCUAUACAACUUCGCAGGAACGGGGAAGCCUGACCCUGAACUCAAUCCAGGGUUCCUCCAAGAACUGAAAACCAAAUGCCCCUUCUCUGCCUCGGCUUCAUCUCCAUCACCAUCCCCUGGCACUGGUUUAGCACCUUCCUUACCUGCAUCAGAUUGUCCCAAGAACUAUGGUAUGAGCCCAACAGGCGGGAAUGAUGGAGUGAUCGACUUGAGCUUCAACAAUGAAGGAGGUGAGGAGAAUUUCGGAACACGCUACUUCAGAAGAUUGAUGCAGAAGAAAGGGUUGUUGUUUUCUGAUCAGCAGCUAACGAGCAGUGAAGAGACUGAGACAUGGGUGAGAGCCUAUGCUUCAGAUCCACAGUUGUUCCGACGUGACUUUGCCAUGUCGAUGAUGAAGUUAUCAAGUUACCAUGUCUUGACUGGUCCUCUAGGUCAAGUCAGAACAACAUGCUCAAAGGUCCUGCCCAAGGAACUGAUUUGA